GCCUCGUAAGUAAACGUGAUCCAACGCCUCAAACUCCUUGUUCGAGGAGACGCGAGGCCGCCGUGACAACAGAGCGACCAACCCAUUCCCUCUCUGUCUCCAGCACGGGUCGGCAACCGUUAAAAAGCACAGCCCUUUGUUUUAGUUGUAGCUGGCCCUCUUGUCCUGUAUUAUUUAAUCCUGCUGUAUAUCCCUCACCAUGGCGGCGAGUGCGAAACGAAAACAGGAGGAGAAACACCUGAAGAUGCUGAGAGAAAUGACGAGUUUGCCUCUCAACAGAAAGUGCUUUGACUGCGACCAGCGCGGCCCAACCUAUGCCAACAUGACUGUGGGCUCCUUCGUGUGCACCUCCUGCUCUGGCAUCCUACGAGGACUGAAUCCACCCCACAGAGUCAAGUCCAUCUCUAUGACAACUUUCACGCAACAGGAAAUCGAGUUCCUACAGAAACACGGCAAUGAGGCAUGUAAACAGAUCUGGCUUGGCCUUUAUGAUGACAGAACCUCCUCAGUGCCAGACUUCAGAGAGCCACAGAAAGUCAAGGAGUUUCUUCAAGACAAAUACGAGAAGAAGCGAUGGUAUGUACCUCCUGAGCAGGCCAAGGUAGUGGCAUCAGUCCAUGCUUCUAUCUCUGGCUCCUCAAACAGCAGCACCAGCAGCACCCCAGAGGUUAGACCACUCAAAUCCCUGCUGGGGGAGUCUGCCCCCUCCCUACACCUCAACAAGAACACCCCACCAAAUCAGUCUCCAGUGGUGAGCCGUGGACAAACUCAUCAGCAGCAGUUCCACGACAAGAAGUUUGACCUCCUCAGUGAUUUGGGUGGAGACAUCUUUGCUGCCCCACCUAACAUGAACGCAGGCACCAGCUCCAGUUUUGCUAACUUUGCACAUUUCAACAGCCACACAACAGCACAGAAUGCCAACGCAAAUGCAGACUUUGCAAAUUUUGAUGCAUUCGGGAGCACUUCUGGGUCCACAGGUGGUUUCCCCUCCGCACCCCAAGCCCCAUUCCACCCCUCAAAUACAGCGUUCACUGUGCUCUCAUCCAGCCGCAGUAUGGGUGAGUUUGCCACUGCUCUGCCUCUCCAGGGUGCACACAGUAGCGCCUCAGGGGGACUAGCAAAUGCGAGUUUUGCAAAUUUUGACAACUUCCCCAAAUCGUGUAGUGCUGACUUUGGAUCCUUCAGUUCUUCCUCCCAGAGUAACUCCACAGCAGCUGGCAGAGAUGCUGUACAGAGUACUAGCGUCCCUGCUGAUAGAUACGCAGCCCUGGCUGACCUGGAUAACAUAUUUAGCUCUGCCAAAACAGAGCAAGGAGGUGGUAUUCCUGGCUCAGCCGUAGCAGCAGCAGCAGCAGCGGCAGCAGGAGUGGGUGGUUUGCCUCAGAAGCAGCUAGUGGUGCCAGCAGGCGGUGACCGCUAUGCUGCUCUAGCUGAGCUUGAUACUGUCUUCAGUUCCUCAGCCCCUGCCACCAGUGUUUACAACACCACCAGCACCUCACAAGGUGGUGUGUUUGGCUCAGAGACUGGGGGGUCAGCAGCACAAGCACAGCAGGCCUUGCCCGGCAUGGCUCAAGGUUUUGGAGCUCAGUCAACUAAUCCGUUUGUAGCUGCUGGAGUUGCCCCAGCAGCAGCUCCCACCAAUCCAUUCCAGAGCAAUGGCAGAGCAGCAAAUGUCGCAGCAGCAGCAGGCUUGAUGAGGGUUCUUCACGGGCAGGGUUAUCCUCCCGCCUUUGCAUCAUUUGCCACAGGCUCUAUGAGUAUGCCAGCUGGAUUUGGGAAUGCUGCAGCCUACAACCUCCCCACCAGCUUUAGUGGAACCUUCCAGCAACCUUUUCCUGGCCAGGCUCCCUUCCCUCAGCCUCCUGCAUAUCCCCAGCAACCUAAUGGUGGAGGAUUUCCAGCCUUUGGCCAGGCCAAGCCUGUUGUGACUCCUUUCGGACAGGCAAUGGCUGGACCUAUGGUCUCAAGCAACCCUUUCCUGGGUGCAGGUCCAUCUGCACAGUAUCCAGCAGGAGGUUCUUCAACGAAUCCCUUCUUAUAGCGAUCCAUUCAAUCAGCUGCACUACAGGGUCAACAACUGGCGCGCUUGCACCUAUUGCACUGUUUUGUUUCACAAGUAGCUUUAAAAACACAAUGUUUGUAAGGAUUUGUAUUUUCUAUCGCAGUUUGUCACUAAUGGAACAAUAUGACAGACAGUCAUGCAGACACUGUCUAUGGCUACAAAACAAAGUGAUGGUGUGUGCAGAGGGAGAGGUUGAUCCCCUCUCCUCUAUUUAACCUGUGAACUGGCCUGGCCUCUACUGAGCCACAAUGUAUAAUCAAACUGGCUGAAAACUAAGUUAUUGCAUACAGUAUAUUUCAUUCAUUAUGCUGCAUUUCUGUACAUAUUAUUUUUUCUUUUAGGAAAUUAGCUCUUUGUGCAUAUCAGUAUUUGUAUCUAACACACAAGAUUUGUUAAGACAGAGCUGUUGCUUGGAUAAGCUAAUGGGUACUGCCAGUUACCGUAUUUGUAAAGAACCAAACUGUUUAUUUGUGCAGAAUCCUUUUAAGGUAAACUGUUCUCACUAAAGAAAAAAAUGCAUAUUCUGUUGUCUUGAGAUGGAAAAAAAAUAGUGAAUGCUGCAUCAGGGAUGGGUAGGGGACUCAUUUCUCUGCCAUCCCCUGCCCUGCUGACAGAGGCUCCAGGUCACAAUGCUCCUGAAAUACAGUCAACCACAUCCAUAUGUGGCAAACAAGAAUGGCUGAUGAACUGAAAACCACUUACAUUGGGUAUUAGAAUUUUAAGUUAAUAUGUAAAUAUAUACAGUAUAUAUAUUAAAAUGAAUUUUAAGUAAAAAGGAAAUGACCAAACCAUUCAUUUAUAUGGAUGUAUGGAAAUCUUGUAUAUUUGUUUUGUAUAAAAAAAAAAAAGAUUCAUUCACA